GACAACGACUUUUGACGUCAUCAAAAGGCGCCUCGGUCUACUUCUGCGACUAGCUCACAUCCAGGUGCAGGCUGCUUUCAAAUGGUAUUUGUAAAUCCAAAAAGACUUUAAAAUGCCAAUGAAAGGGAAGUUUCCGAUCAGGAGGACUCUGGAAUAUCUCCAGAAAGGCGACAUCAUCUUCAAAAACAGAGUGAAGAUCAUGACGGUCAAUUACAACACACAUGGAGAACUGAGCGACGGAGCAAGAAAGUUUGUGUUCUUCAAUAUUCCUCAGAUUCAGUACAAAAACCAGUGGCUUCAAAUAAUGAUGUUCAAAAAUAUGACACCAUCACCGUUCUUGAAGUUCUACCUGGACGAUGGGGAGCAAGUUCUAGUAGAUGUGGAAGGGAAGGACCACAAACAAAUUUCACAACAUGUCAAGAAGAUUUUGGGCAAAUCAGAAGAAGUGUUACAAGCUGAGGCCCGAGCCAAGAUGCAGGCCUCCAACCCUGCCAACUUUGGGCCCAAAAAGUACUGUCUGAGGGAGUGUAUCUGUGAGGUGGAGGGCCAGGUGCCGUGUCCUGGCAACACGCCGCUGCCCAAGGAGAUGACGGGCAAAUACCGUGCCCAGAUGGCAGCAUCACAUGAGUGAGAAGCUGAGAAGCGGACAAUAUGGCACUGUUGAUUUUGUACGAUUAUACAUAAGGACUACCACGUUGCAUAUUUUGUCGUAAAUUUGUGUUACUAAAUGGGGACCACUAUGCUGUGCAUUGUGAGAACGCCACUGGCUGGACUGAGACCCUCCAGCCCACGUGAGAAGCAGACAUGACUGUGUAGGUUUGGAUAACUUGAUGUCACACUUGGUUGUUUUUAUGUGAUGGGGUUGACAAACCCACACUGCAAUCUAAACAAAUAAAAACUAUUUGCGUGUGUGGCGGUAGUUGUCAUUAGGAAAAUCCAAAUCCUAAGUAUUUUCACGCAAGAGGCAGUAUCAAGUUGAGAUUGAACACAAUUUAUGACAAGAAUGACAAAUAUUUUAUAGAGUUUUUUUUUUUAUUGGUGCUAAGAUGGAGUUUUGUAAAGUUAACAAAUUAAUGUGUCUAAAUUGUUUUACCAAAUUAGCUCAAAUCAACUGCUAAUACACAUGAAGAAGUUCCUCGAGUUAUUUACAUUGUCACAAAACAUUUACUGUUGCAUGUUAAGCUUCUGUGGACAUAAAAAAACUCUGUUUUUGUUUAUGAAGAGAAAUACAGACUUUAUGACUGGCAGGAAAGCACUAUGACAAAUCACAUAAAGGCUUAGCAGCACUGAGUGAUAAUACUUGUGGCAUUCAUGUAGUGUUAAUUUAACUGACAAACACAAUCCUGGCUAAAAUGAUGCAUUGACCUCUUAAGAGUUUAGUUGAUAUUUACGGAUAAACUGUACACACAGGGUUUUAGUAAAACAAAGUUGCCUAUGAUGUGCUGGGGCAGAUGGUGUUCUGUUGAUGAGAGCUGGUUGGAUAAGCUUUGAAUGAACUUCUCAGAUGAAACUACUGAAGGGGUAACAUGCUUUACAGACAGAUCUUGGCUGACAGGAACAGGAGCUUCGUGAGUUGUGAGAUGUGGUUUGUAUGUCCAAAUGUAUAAAAGCUGGAAGACGAGCUUGGCCGCUAUCUUGAUCAAAAGACCAACAGCACUUUAAAGAAACGCAGACACAUGAAUCAUACAACCCAAGUGCUCAGGUGGACCGGUAGUGCCACAGUUAAUAAGAUCACAACCUUUAGUAGGACGUGUAAAAUACUUUGUUCAACAUAUUGAAUAUGCUUUUAAAAGAAAAAAAGAUCUAAAAUGCAACCGUGCCAAGGUCAACAGGACAGACAAGAUACACAGAAUAAGAUUACUGAUCUGAAUCUGCUUGAGUAAGACAAUACAGACAGAAAAUGUCACCUAACAGAGAGAGGUCAACAUUCAGUGUUACAGAAAAAGCAACUUUCACUGUAAAAAAAAAAAAAAACCCAAAAACUGUUAGAACAAAUACUUAUUCAGCUCUUGUCAUACAUAUUGUAUUCGCAGAUGUACAUGUGGUUUAUAGUAUGAUCAAGGAU